GCGCGGAAAGGCCGGCCACCAGGGAAGCGCCGCUCCCAGCCGGGCUGCCAUGGACGCCCUGGUCCGGCUCCUGCAGCUGCUGGUGCUGCUCCUGACCCUGCCCCUGCACAUCAUGGCUCUGCUGGGCUUCUGGGAGCCCCUGUGCAAGAGCUAUUUCCCCUACCUGAUGGCCGUGCUGGCGGCCAAGACCAACCGGAAGAUGGAGGGCAAGAAGCGGGAGCUCUUCAGUCAGAUAAAGGGGCUUGCGGGGGCCUCGGGCAAGGUGGCCCUGCUGGAGCUGGGCUGCGGCACUGGUGCCAACUUCCAGUUCUACCCAUCUGGCUGCAGGAUCACCUGCCUGGACCCGAACCCCAACUUUGAGAAGUUCCUGACAAAAAGUAUGGACGAGAAUAGACAUCUCGAGUAUGAACGGUUUGUGGUGGCUUUCAGGAAGGACAUGAAGCAGCUGGCCGAUGGCUCCACGGAUGUGGUGGUCUGCACCUUGGUGCUCUGCUCAGUGCAGAGCCCAAGGAAGGUCCUGCAGGAGGUCCACAGAGUGCUGAGGCCGGGAGGAUUGUUCUUUUUCUGGGAGCAUGUGGUUGAGCCGCGUGGGAGCUGGGCCUUCCUGUGGCAGCAAGUUGCAGAGCCCACCUGGAAACACAUCGGGGAUGGCUGCCGCCUCACCAGAGAGACCUGGAAGGAUCUGGAAAGUGCCCAGUUCUCCGAACUCCAAAUGGAACGCCAGCCCCCUCCCUUAAAGUGGUUGCCUGUUGGGCCCCACAUCAUGGGGAAGGCCGUGAAGUAAGCCUUCCCCAAAUCCUGCCUGCGGUCGGAAUGAUCCCACCCAUCUGCUGAGUCUGCCUUCUCCUGAGAGGAUCUGGGCAGAGAGAAGCCAUCCCCCCACCACCCCUCCCCCA